AUGAGAACAUUAUCAUUAUUGCUGAUCCUUUCUGCUGUCACUGCCGCAUCCGUACAGGCUAUAUUCUUCAACGAAGAUCCCACCACACAGUCCUUACUUGAUCAAUUAUACGGGGAACUAGUCCACGAUGAAUCUUCAUUAUAUCGUCGUAGACAACUUCUUUCUCAAGGAAUCAAAUCCGAACCUGAUAUUUUCUCUAUCGAGUCACAUCAUCAACAAUCCUUGAAUGCUUAUUUAUCAAUGAGACCAGAAAUUGAUUUCCCCAAUAAAGAUGAUGUUUCCGAUAUUCAAAUGGAUCAAAAUAUGUUUGGUGGAAUAUUAACCUAUGCCCAUCUCCCUCAUUUCAAUUGCUUCAAUCCAGAAUAUUUCAAAAGUGAUCAAGAUGAAUACAAGAUCGACAUUGCUAUAGUUGGUGCACCUUUCGACACUGGAGUUUCAUUCCGGCCAGGGGCAAGAUUUGGUCCCGAAGCUAUCCGUCGUAAUGCUAGACGUUUGGGUGGUGGAACUCGUCAUAAGAAGUACAACAACAAGAAAGUUCCUAUUGAUCCAUACGAUUCCUGUACUCAUAAUUACUCGAUUGUUGAUUGUGGAGAUGUGGGGAUGACUCCAUUUGAUAAUAGAAUUGCCUUGAAUCAAUUAUAUCGUGGCCAAAGAGCAGUGCAUAAACAUAUUGGUAACAUAAACAAAAUCCCCAAGAUAAUUACCAUGGGUGGAGAUCAUACCAUAGCUCUAAUGACUUUAAAAUCGAUUUCUGAACAAUUAGGAAAACCUGUCAAGAUUGUUCAUUUUGAUUCACAUAUAGAUACUUGGGAUCCCAAAGUUUUAGGUGGGGGGAUUACUGAUUAUAUGAGUUUAAAUCAUGGAACAUUCUUGCAUUAUGCUCAUGAAUUGGGAUAUAUUGAACCAAAGGGCAAUUAUCAUGUUGGUAUUCGAGCUCCAUAUGUCGAUAGUGUAUAUGAUCCUCAACAUGAUUCUGAUUGUGGGUUUCAUAUAAUCAAAGCCCUGGAUAUUGAUAAGGUUGGUGUCAGGGGGAUCAUUGAUACUUUGAAAACGGAAUUGGGUACGACUGAUCCAGUGUAUAUUUCUGUGGAUAUUGAUGUUUUGGAUCCUGCAUUUGCCCCUGGGACUGGGACUAUGGAAGUAGGUGGGUUUACUGGUAGAGAGUUGUUGAGUAUAUUGGAUGGAUUGAAUGGGAUUAAUUUAGUUGGUGCUGAUGUUGUUGAAGUUAGUCCUCCAUAUGAUACUAAUUCAGAGAUUACCAGUUUGGCAGCUACUUCAGUAAUUGAUUCAUUCUUGAAAUUAAUGAUUGCAAAAUAA